UGUUUUGGUGAGUUCAUGAUUUGCUUUUCAGGUGUUUCCUUUUUCACCUUUGGUACCUUGAAGAGCGUUGGGCUUACCUACGCUCCCACCCUGCUUGGCCGACCUUCCUCUGACAACCCCAAUGUCUUGGUUUUGAGAACUCAUGUGAACUUACUCUGUGGCGGUGUUGCCGGAGCACUAGCACAGACAAUAUCCUACCCAUUUGAUGUGACCCGUCGGAGAAUGCAGUUGGGGACAGUCCUGCCAGAGUUUGAAAAGUGCCUUACCAUGCGGGAGACCAUGAAGUAUGUCUAUGGACACCAUGGGAUUCGGAAAGGACUGUACCGUGGCUUGUCUCUGAACUACAUCCGCUGUAUUCCCUCUCAGGCUGUGGCUUUCACAACCUAUGAACUUAUGAAGCAAUUUUUUCACCUUAACUAAAAGAACAAUUAUGAUUUGUGAUGGUUUUCCUCAGCGAAUUCUCAGAGGGACAUACAUAUAUAUAUAAAUGUUACUUUAAUUCUGAGGGAGACAUUACUUGAAGGGACGUUUGCCCUGUCACAGGAACCACUGGGGCUUUAAUACUUGAUUUCUGUUGGAUUUUAAAUCAUAGGUCCAAAGUGCUUAGCAUAAUGUUUUGUUUUCUUCUUGAUGGGAUCUAGAUAUGUAACCCUGGC